AUGGCCCCGGCAGCCACGCGCCUCGGCGUCAUGGCGUCCGAAGCGACAUGGCCCGGAGCACUCACCGUCUUCGCCGACCCCUCCGCGUACAUCCUCGCCGUCAAGCCAUCACAGCUCUCCGUGUCUGGUGUCAUCGGGCACGCCGUCACCAUCAGCUACAUCCCUAAGCCGCACCACUCCGUCCUCGACUUCGCCUACACCGAGCUCGCCACCGCAGCCACCGAGAAGCUCUUCCAGUCGGCAUCUACCGGCUUCUACAUUGAUGUCGCCCCCAGCAAUACUGCUGACUACGUGCCCACCAAGUGUUCGAUGUAUUGCCGCAGUGGUUUCACUUCCAUGCUGACCACAGCACUGAGCAGUUCUACUCCAACCUGGGUGUCCGCCGCGGUCAUCAACAGCUUUGACAAGCGACCAUGGCCACCACCAUCUCAAGCUCAAGUGCAUGUGUGGAAGCCUCCAUGGUCACCUCCAGCUCAUCAAUAUUUUAGAACUGUGCAUGCUGAAACUGUGGAAAGUUGGAAACACAAGACAGUGAUAACAGAGUGGAGUCCCCAUGUGCUCAUUCAGGAACAAAUGCAACAAAAGUGUGGUGGUACUUUUGGACUUGCUUGGCAUAAGGAUAGAUUAAUGGUGCCCAAGUGGCUUGCUGACAUAGUGGUGACAUUUCUACUGUUAUAUGUGCGCGAGGAGAGCAGGUACCUCGUCACAUUUUUUGCUACUCAUUUGAUUGAUGUUCAGAUGCUGGACUGUGUCACCUGUGUUCCUCCCGAUGAGAAUGAAUUGGAGGUCUGGAUUAUUCAGUUGCAGCAACCAUGGCCUCUGCUUGCUGUUCUUCCACUCUGGCCAACAACCUGCCCUUCCUUUGGUUGUCGUACAAUGAUGCAGCUACUGGAUGUUUCUCUAGCGCAGGCGUCCAAUUCAGAUGGGCUGGGUGGAAUGUUUGGGACAGUCGUUGUUGGGCUCCUGCAGAGAUCAUCACGGUCCCUUGUUUCUUGUCGAUUGGAAGUCUCCUUUGCUGUUUGCAUGAUUGGGCUGUUCUGGCAAUCAAGUGUAUCCUUCAUAUGCUCUCAGUUUGCACUUGUUGCUUCCUUGAAAUCAGUGGGAUGGCAGGUGUUUGACCGAGGAAGAUGCUGGAGUUUGGCAUCAACUCAAGGCUGGAUUGACACCAAAUUAUUAUGGUUGGAGCUCAGAGUUGAGCAGCACAUGUGCAUUGGCCACGGACGAUCAUACAAGUUUAGCUCCAUUUGCUCUGUCCUGAUUGAUGCAAGUUUGAUUGGGUCAAGCACUGACGUCCAGACUGAGGCACAUGUAGAUGAUAAUUCCCUUGACAUUUCCCUGGUGUACCACACUGAAACCUUAGAAAUUUGCUGGUGGAUGAGUGAGCCAAGGAGUGAUGUCAUGCUGGUUCAGGAACAUGACACAAGGGCAUGUAAGUCAAGUCAGCCCGUUCCUUCAUGGAUAUUUUUGUGGCAGUCUCACAUAGAUCACUGCAAUGUUGUUCUCAUAUACAUUAUUGACAACAUAGAGACAGUAAACAUGCAGCUGCCGCAAAUUUCCAAUAAUAGUUUUGUGCUACUAAUGCUUGUUGGAGCUGUUCUUGGCCAGAUGCUACUGCUACAUGGGUCAGCAAAGCAGCCUGAACAAAUUCAGUUUUGGGUUCCUUCAGUGCAAAUCUACCGAAUUCACAAAGUUGUGUUCUUCAAGCUGUCAACAUGA